AUGCUUGCCGUUGCGCUCACCCAGACGAAGUCAGUUGGGCUUGUUAAUGCAGAGUCCGGUGCCCUCGUCCGCAGAUGGUUUUUCAACAAUGAGACCCCACAACUGCUUGCGGCAGCCAGCGGUUGCCGUUGGGUUGCCGUGGGCUUCCGUUCACAGCGGACCGGUCGCGGGCCUGCUCGAUGUGCUGUUUUUGACCGAGAUUCCGGCGGAGGGACUUGGGUUCCUUGUGGCACACGCUCUCGAACUGUCGAUGCGCGACCAGUCGUGGCAUGCUCAAACUCUGGACAGUACCUCGCUGUUGCCGGAGCAGAUUUGGGUCCGAUGGUGGCGAAUGGGCAAGUGAUCCAGCGCGAAUGCCGCGCUGAUACAUGGGGCGCCAUGGAGAAGGCCAGGCAGAGCAGCUGCGAGGUCCUCGACAGCCGAGGGGAGGAACACCGCAUCGACGCCCGUGAGCAGCGCAAGGGAUCGCGCAAGAACUACAAGCGGUCGCCGUGGACAGAUGCCAGUGAUAUCAGGCUUGUUGAGGCAAUUUUCAGGGAAGUAGCCAAGUCCACGAGGCAAAACAGAUACGGCAAGGCAGUGGAGGCUUUGAAGACAACGCUGUUGAAGCAGCGUGGGGAGGCUACGGAAAGAGAGGUGGAAAAACAAAGACGGCUGCCAGAAAUGCUGCGAGUGGAGCCGCCUGGACAAUCCACAGGUGCCUGUGCGGAGCGCAAUGAAGAAGAUGAUGUGGUCAGCGCGCAAGAAGUGGAGUUGUUUUCAGAUGAGGAACAAGAGGGCAGACCAACUGCCUACGCAGCCAAUCAGCCGGCCAACGUGAUGGACGGCGCCAAGGAAGAGAUGCAACUGAGCACGGAAUGGGAAGUCAUUGAAGAAGAGGAGCUGCGCGAGGUUGAGGCGCACGUGGAAGGCCGUGAUCUCCUCCAGUACCAGGAAGAGUGGGACAGUCGCACGCAGCAAGUCAUGAGCACACAGCGCGAUGAGGGUGGCGCCACAGACCCGGAGGGGCAGUGA